ACAGCUGCAAGCUUUGCAAGGAUGAGCUGUGCGCGCUACCUGCUGCCCUGCCUGGCAGCCCUGGUCUGUGCCCGGAUUGCCCUCGGUGUGUCUAUGGAAGAGGAGCUGGUGGCCCCUGUCAGGCUGCAGGCUGAUGGCAUGCAAGGGGCACCUGAGGAUGGCAAGGUGCUUUACCGACUGGAUGCCUUUGGACAAGCCUUGACCUUGGAGCUAGAGCCCGAUCCCAGCUUCCUUGCCAGGGACUUUAGCUUGCAAUACGUCGGGCGACCUAAGAUCGCCGGAGAAGAGAUGGCAGAGGCGACCGGCAAUCUGGCCGACUGCUUCUACUCUGGUACUGUCAAUGGGGACCGGUCUAGCAGCGCUGCGCUGAGCCUGUGCGCUGGCAUCAGAGGAGCUUUCUUCUACAAGGGGGAAGAGUACUUCAUCCAGCCCAGCAAUCAUACCAUGACUCCGGCUUCCCCCAGCCCUGGGAGCCCCCUGCUGCUGCAUCUGGUCAGCAAGAGGAGCCGUGCCAAGGCUAAGUGCGGAGUGACUGAUAGCACCCCCCAACAGAUGGCAUCGGAGGAGCCUUCAGAGAACCUCUCCCCUCCAGGAUUGGGAAACACACGGAAAAAGAGAUUUGUUUCCAGCCCACGCUAUGUUGAAACCAUGCUGGUAGCAGACCAAUCAAUGGCUGAAUUUCACGGGAGCAACCUUAAGCACUACCUCCUCACCCUGAUGUCAGUGGCAGCAAAGCUUUACAAGCAUCCCAGCAUCCGAAACUCCAUCAGCCUAGUGGUGGUGAAGAUCCUCGUCAUCUACGAUGAACAGAAAGGACCUGAGGUCUCAACCAAUGCCGCCUUGACUUUGAGGAACUUCUGCAGCUGGCAGAAGCAGCAUAACCCACCCAGUGAUCGGCAUGCAGAACAUUACGAUACAGCCAUUCUGUUUACGAGACAAGACCUUUGCGGAGCUCAGACAUGCGAUACCCUGGGUAUGGCUGAUGUUGGAACGGUUUGCGAUCCCAGUCGCAGUUGCUCUAUCAUCGAAGAUGACGGCUUGCAAGCAGCUUUUACAACGGCCCAUGAACUAGGUCAUGUAUUUAACAUGCCACAUGAUGAUGCAAAGCACUGCUCCAGCUACAAUGCCGAUGAUAAGAAUUCACAUAUGAUGGCUUCAAUGCUCUCCAAUCUGGACAGGCAGGAACCAUGGUCUCUAUGCAGUGCAUACAUGAUCACAUCUUUCUUGGACAACGGUCAUGGAGAGUGCUUAUUGGACAAGCCAAGCCGACCCAUCCAGCUCCCACCAGAUCUCCCUGGAACGCUUUAUGAUGCCAAUAAGCAGUGCCAAUUUACAUUUGGAGAAGACUCCAGACAUUGUCCAGAUGCCGCCAGUACGUGUACGACCUUGUGGUGCACUGGAGUCUCCGGGGGGCUGCUCGUAUGCCAAACUAAACACUUCCCCUGGGCCGAUGGAACCAGUUGUGGAGUAGGGAAAUGGUGUCUUAAUGGGAAGUGCAUUCAGCAGAUGGACAAGAAGCAUUAUGAGACUCCUGUGCAUGGUGGUUGGGGAGCAUGGAGACCAUGGGGAGAGUGUUCCAGAACUUGUGGUGGUGGAGUCCAGUAUUCAGUACGGGAGUGUGACAACCCAGUGCCAAAAGAUGGAGGCAAAUACUGUGAAGGGAAAAGAGUUCAGUACCGCUCAUGCAAUACCGAUGAAUGCCCUGAAAAUAAUGGCAAGACUUUCCGUGAAGAGCAGUGUGAAGCCCAUAAUGACAUCUCCAAGUCUGCCAUACACAAUGAUGGGAGCGUUGAGGGAAUAUAAAAGUUCUCAUAUUUUGCCAGUAACUUCUUUUGUAUACUUUGUAAAUCACUGAUGGUUGGACCUAAUUUUUUUUUUUUUGCUGCCUUAAUACAGGUUGCCGAUGGCACUCCGUGUAGCCCCGACUCCACCUCUAUCUGCAUCCAGGGUCAAUGCGUCAAGGCUGGCUGUGAUAGAGUUAUCGGGUCCAGCAAGAAGUUUGACAAGUGUGGCAUCUGCGGUGGAAAUGGUUCUACCUGUAAGAAAGUCUCUGGAACCUUCACCAAAGCAAGACCCGGGUACUACGACGUUGUCACAAUUCCUGCAGGAGCGACAAACAUUGAGAUCAAACAACGUAACAACAGGGGAUCUAUGCAUGACGGCAGCUUUUUGGCAAUCAAGGCCGCCGAUGGAACUUACAUCCUGAAUGGAGAUUACACAUUGUCCACACUGGAACUAGACCUCUCUUACAAUGGCAACUUCUUGACCUACAGUGGUUCCACUGCAUCUUUAGAAAGAAUCCGAAGCUACAAGCCUUUGAAAGAACCGAUCACCAUACAGGCCCUCACGGUGGGAGAAUCUCAACGCCUGAAAAUCAAGUACAUUUAUUUUGUCAAGAAAGCAGCUCAACCAGAAAAGACCUUGAACAAAAAGAAAGAGUCCUUUAACGCUAUUAAAGAGACCAUUCUGUCUGAAUGGGUCAUUAAGGAGUGGGGUGAAUGCUCAAAGACUUGUGGAUUAGGCUGGCAGAGAAGAUCAGUCGAGUGCAAAGACUUGAGGGGUCAACCUUCAAAAGACUGCGCUAACGAACUAAAGCCAGAUGAUAUUAGGCCAUGUGCAGACAUCCCAUGUCCCCAGUGGCAGUUGGGAGAAUGGUCUUCUUGUUCUAAGACCUGCGGAAAGGGCUUUAGAAAGAGACUUUUAAAAUGUGUCUCCUAUGAAGGUAGCAACUUGCCUCAAGACAACUGUGAUCCUUCAAAGAAGCCUAAACAUUUAAUAGACUUUUGUACUCUUUCCAACUGCAGUUAAACAGCAUCCGACUCAGAACAUUACUAGGUUCUAUUACACAAAACUGAGCAUGCUGAAAGCAGAGGGGUCAGGUAGAACAUGUUUGGCCAAUGUGCAAGGUGAGAGGAUGGAAAGUUUAUUGAGAAGGAACAGUGCAGAUAACUGCCUGUUGGAUUGGAUCAUCAGGUUGAACAGCACAUGUAGGUUUGAACGAAGGGCAAAUCAGUGUCACUAAACCCUUCAUCACUAGGACCCCUGAGGCAUUGUCUGUUUUUCAAACCUUUGCGUCUGUUACAGGUUAGUUACAGCUAACUGGCAGCCAUGUUGGUUGUUGACACAGGUCUGAACAAGCUCCUGGAGCCAAAUAGCCAAUGCACCUAAAAAUUAUUAGUUCUUUAUUUCUGAGUUGUGUGUUUUUUUUGGCUCCAAGAUUGGACUGACCGGCUCCUGAAUUUUACAUGUAUUCAUCUAAUCCUGUAGCUGACAAAUCUUGGGCUUCUUACAGACUGUAAGCCGGUGUUUGCUGGCCUUUUGCUAUAGGGGUAUUCAGAUCUGUUCUUGAAUAUUGUCCAUAGUGGGGUUAACCUACCUCAGUCAAGAAGGGUAAAUUCAGGAGCUGAAAAGGAUCUUUAGUAAAAUAACAAUGGCUGCUAUGGUGUCACAGUAUAUAUAUAUAUUUUUUAUAAAGAAAUAAAGCCAUAUUCUUAUUCAUGUGGGAUGUGCAGAUUACUUGGACCAAUACAUUUUGGGCUAUAUUGCAGCCUGCUAAUAUAGUAUAGAGAUACAAGAAUGAUACAAUAUGUAUAUUGUCCUUCAGAGUUGACUGUUAGCAACCAGAUGGGCAGCAUUAA